AUGUCGACGGAACCAAACAAUACUGAUAGAACUAAUGGUGCCGCCAGUCGACUGCUUAAUCGCGCAGCGAAUACAUUCAUACACAGUGACUCAAUCCAUGAAGCAAGCAGAACUGCCGUUGCUGUUGAAGAUGACAACAAUAGUCAACCUUUGACGUGGGUCGAUUCGUUAGCACAACUUGAUCGUGCGUUAUCGGGUGGCUUACUUCGUUUAUGCAACAGUGUUAUUGAUAUUGUUCUUCUCUCGUAUGGUCUUUAUUAUGGUACAAAAACGUGCAGCAUUUCUCACGCUUAUGCAUUUCUAUCAAUAUUCAUACUUGUUUUUGAUGCCAUGGCAAUCGCUACUAUUCUUCUAUUGUUCCCAAGAAAUUGGCGUCUACGCCAUACGACUCUGUCCGAAGAGACAACCUCAAAUCCAUAUCGCACAGGAACUCGUUUACGUAAUUUUUUUUACUUUCUCAGAUUUAUAUCCGUCUGCACUAGUACAGCCUAUGUAUUUACCUCGAAAAAGCCGCCUAAUAAUGAUUGUGAACUUAUUCGCUUUUAUCUCGGUGUUGUGUGCUUCAAUACAUGGGUAAUAUUUUUGAAUUGGCCACCAAAACCUUCACUUCCAGCACGACGAUCAUUAAUAGGAGAAAUAACACUUUUUCUCUUCUCGAUUAUUUAUAACGGUAUCUAUUUUGGUUGUGUGGCCUUUGCUAUGAGUGGAAAUAACGAGCAAGAAUGUGAAUACAAUCGAAUCGAAGAUCUAUAUUUUCGUGCACCACUCAAAUCAUUUGCCUAUGUCGGACUUAUUUUAAUUGUUUGUAGAGUUUGUAACAAUCUUCUAUACUCCGCUUUCAAUCGACUUUUUUAUCGUCUAACAACGUUGCGAACAUUUUUCAUCCGUCUGGCAGCUCUACAUUAUUUGAUAACUUAUUUGCUAGGUGUCACCUCUGGCUACUACUAUUCAGUGGGAGCCGUUCUUCUAUUUCAACCUCGUUCAGGUGGAUCGUGCUCUAUAGUAGCUCCCAAACUUUAUACGGUUCUUUUCGUAUGGGAGUUAAUUAUAGUUUUCUCCCCACUUGUUAUAUGGUGUGUAUUAAUUAUUCUUUGUUGUCUUGGUGCUGUACUUGGAGUUUGUCUCGCAAGUUGCUUACCCGCAUCGAUUACUGUUCCACUUCUAAGAGCAAUGGGGGGAAGGCUUCAUGGUAAUACUGGAACGCCCCAUGAAAAUCCACCAGCAUCACCAGCUACUAUCGAUGCCUUGCCAAUGAUAUUCUUCGGCCAAGCAUCCGAUGAAUUCAAUCAAAAGGAAUGUGCUAUUUGUCAAUCGGAUUAUGAACCAAAUGAAAAAGCAAAACGAUUACCGUGUGGUCAUAUUUUCCAUGAGCCUUGUGUAGCCCAUUGGCUUUCAAUUACACGCAUCUGUCCUGUAUGUCGUCACCGCAUACCAUCAACUGGUAUUUAG